AUGGGCAAUGCGGCCAGCUCGAACAAGAUUUCCGCUCAAGACAAGGCGAUACUCGAUCUCAAGAACCAGCGCGACAAGCUCCACCAGUACCAGAAGCGCAUCACCGUAAUAACAGCCCGCGAGACCGACAUCGCCAAACAAUGUCUCGCCCGCGGUGACAAGCAGCGCGCUCUUCUCGCUCUGCGUCGCAAGAAGUACCAAGAGACCUUACUAGAGAAGACGGAUGCGCAGCUGGCACAGCUGGAGAUCCUGACGAGCGACGUGGAGUUCGCGCUUGUGCAGAAAGAUGUCUUGUUUGGGUUGCAGCAGGGCACUGUUGUGCUGAAGCAGAUCCACAAGGAAAUGGGCGGCUUGGAGGCUGUUGAGAGGCUGAUGGGAGAGAGCGCCGAGGCGCAGGCAUAUCAAAGGGAGGUCAGUGAGAUGCUGGCCGGUCAAAUGUCGAACCAAGACGAAGAUGAGGUAGAAGACGAGCUUGAUGCGCUCGAAGCGGAGGUGACAGGUGUUAAGACAAAGCUGCCGGAUGCUCCUACUCAAGCGCUGCCUGAGGGCGCUCAGAAGGCGACUGAGGAGACUCCGCGCGAAAGGGCACGGAGGAGGACGAGGGAUCAGGAGUCUUCGCAGCCUGCUGAGCCCAUGCUGGCGUGA